GGCUGCGCGGGCGGGGCCGCUGCGCCGCGGGCGGGGCGCCGCGGGCGGGGGCGGGCGGAAGCUGGCGUCCGAGGACAGGGAAAGGGAAGGGAGGCGCGCCUGGGUGCGGCGCGGCGCGGCUGGGAGACCCGCGGGAGGGCGCCGCCGCCUCCCCGCCCUGUCGGCUGAGGAUGGAAGUGACGACAGCAGGCGAAGAGGUCACUUCCUGCUGGGGUGGAUGAGGAGGAGCCGGAGACGCCGCGGAGGAGACCGGACCGAAGACGGACCUUGCCGGGGAGAGCAGGAGGGUGAAAAUGAAAGCAGGCUGUAGCAUCGUGGAAAAGCCAGAAGGAGGUGGAGGGUAUCAGUUUCCUGAUUGGGCCUAUAAAACAGAGUCGUCCCCAGGCUCCCGACAGAUCCAGCUGUGGCACUUCAUCCUCGAGCUGCUGCAGAAGGAAGAGUUCCGCCAUGUCAUCGCCUGGCAGCAGGGAGAGUACGGGGAAUUUGUCAUCAAGGAUCCAGACGAGGUGGCCCGCCUCUGGGGCCGCAGGAAGUGCAAACCACAGAUGAAUUAUGACAAGCUGAGCCGGGCCCUCAGAUACUAUUACAACAAGAGGAUCCUUCAUAAAACAAAAGGGAAGAGGUUUACUUAUAAAUUCAACUUCAACAAGCUGGUGACACCCAACUACCCAUUCAUCAACAUUCGAUCAAGUGGUGUGGUUCCCCAGAGUGCACCACCAGUGCCAACAGCCUCUUCCCGCUUCCAUUUCCCACCUCUGGACACUCAUUCCCCAACUGGUGAUGUGCAGCCAGGGCGGUUCCCUGCUAGCUCCCUCACGACUUCCAGCCAGGAGCUGAGUAAUGGCACCGAUAGAAAGGCAGAGCUUUCGGAGCUAGAGGAUGGCUCGGCUGCUGACUGGCGCCGGGGCGUGGAUCUCAUGUCCUCCCGGAAUGCUGUCAGUGGAGGAGGGAUUGGCCAUCAGAAACGCAAGCCUGACAUCAUGCUUCCUCUGUUCACUAGGCCAGGGAUCUACCCUGACCCCCACAGUCCCUUUGCUGUCUCUCCACUCCCUGGCCGAGGAGGUGUCCUUAAUGUUCCCAUUUCACCAGCCCUCUCCCUGACUCCCACUAUCUUCUCCUAUAGCCCAUCACCAGGCCUGAGCCCAUUCACCAGCAGCAGUUGCUUUUCCUUCAAUCCCGAGGAAAUGAAACACUACCUUCAUUCACAAGCCUGUUCUGUGUUCAACUACCAUCUGAGUCCCCGGACAUUUCCCCGUUACCCAGGGCUGAUGGUUCCACCACUGCAGUGCCAAAUGCAUCCUGAGGAGUCAACCCAGUUUUCUAUCAAGCUGCAGCCCCCACCAGUUGGGCGGAAGAACCGGGAGAGGGUAGAGAGCAGCGAGGAGUCAGCACCUGUCAUUGCUCCCACCAUGGCUCCUGUCCCCCCAAGAAUUAAGGUAGAGCCAGCCUCUGAAAAGGAUCCUGAGAGUCUCAGGCAGUCAGCCCAAGAGAAGGAGGAAUGCUCUCAAGAAGAGGACACUGUGCCAAGCAGGACCAUGGAAGAGGAAAAAGGCACCAUUUUUGCUCGCCCAGAGGCACCACCUAUCUGGCCCUCUGUACCCAUUAGCACCCCAGGUGAAGAACCCCUAGAAGUGACUGAAGACAGGCCUGGCAAAGAGCCUGGUGCGCCUGAGAAGAAAGAAGAUGCCCUGAUGCCCCCCAAGCUUCGGUUGAAGCGGCGCUGGAAUGACGACCCUGAAGCCCGAGAGCUGAGUAAGGGUGGCAAGUUCCUCUGGAAUGGGUCAGGACCACGGGGCUUGGCAACGGCAGCUGCUGAUGCUUAGAAUUGGAAGUGGAUUGGGAGCUGUUUAUACUAUAAUCACAUACAUGUAUUUAUGUAGCAAGAUUUCAGGGGUGGGGAGGGAGGGAAUUAGACUGGUUUGAUCAUUCUAGGGGCAUAGACUUGUAUUUUUAUGUUUUGGGGAUGGGAUUGGGCAUCUUCUGUUGUAAAUUAGGUCGGAUAUGAACACACUUUUUUUCCUGGUGAGAGGACACGGGAAGGGUGUUAAACUGAAAGGAGAAAGGGCCUCUCUUUCCUGUUGAGGCUAAUACUUUCUGACAGACUCCUGAAGGGCCAAGACGCUGCUUGGUCCCAUGAUGUUCAGGUUCCAGACUUCUUUCUUUUCUACUGUAUUUAUGUAUAGGAAAGCCAUUAAUUUUGCUCUGAGAGUUACAUAUAAAAGGGGAAAGGGCAUGGUUGGGAGGUUGAGCAGUGAGAGACCAUUAAUACUCAGUAUAUGCCUGAGAUGUUUCUUUGUAAUUAUUUCAGGGGGAGAAAUAAGAUAAUCUCAGUCUUACUG